GCGGCGGAGAUGAAGAUGAUCUGAGCUGCUGCUUCCACUGAUCGGCCCGCGCGAGGAGACGCGCCGCUCUCUCUCUCUCAUUUUCCGCUGAACUGGCGAGCAGCCCGUGUGCAGAACAUGCAAUGAAAGGGUCCAGAGGUCUCAUGUGAGUCGGGUCAGUACUACACCUGAACAUGAGCUUCACUAGAACUCUAAUGCACUGGAAUGGACUGUGGCAAACAUGUGUCUUGCCUCGCUGAUUAUUCACACUAAAACACUGGACAAGAAGCCCGUCGAUGAUGUAACGUCCCAAGAGUCCCUGCAGCUGCACGAGCCGCCAACCAUGAGCCAAGGGACGGCCCUCCUCUCCUGCGGAAUCGUGGAUUCUGGCCGGUGGUCUGGCGUCCAGCAGCGACCCGUGGGCUCCAGUCUGGAGAGCCUGUGGGACAGCGUGCGUGAGACAUGUUCCACUCGUGAGGCGGGCAGCACUGGUGCAAUCAGCAGUUUACUGCGAGAUCUCAGCCUGAGCGAAGCACCCUCUCUUUGUAGUACGGCCCCACCCAGCAAACGCCAGUGCCGCUCAAGGUCCUGCUCCGAGGAGCUCAGCGGCUGCCGGUCGUCGUGGCGACCGCAGGGCUCCCGCGUGUGGAUGAGCGUGGAGAAGCGCCGGUGUCACAGCGGGGGUAGCGUUCAGCGUGGAUCGGCGUCUGCCUUCAGCCCGUCUGGUUUUCCCGUGAUACAGCGCAGCUCCAGCUUCAGUCUGCCCACGCACACAAACAUACUGGAGCCGUUCGGCCACGCCUUCUCUUUCCCCGCUUCCUCCGAACCACCGCGGACACCCUACUGCUCGCAUGAACAGAUCUGCCCACACGAGCCCAGCGUGCCGUCAGAGGCCAGCUCACCCGACUCCACCCCAGAGCUGGUGCGCCGCGUGACCGGUCAGGGCGGACUCCCUCGCAGCCGAUCGCAGCCCUGCGUCCACAAUGACAAGAAGAUCGCCAUAAAGCGCAGGAGACCAGCAGAAAGUCACAAACAGAGGCCUUCACUUGACCUGCUCAAGAUGACACAGAAGCUGCAGGAUUUUCACAGUCUGAGCUGUCCAGGAUUCACCACAAGGGAUCAAACGCCGCUCUCCAGUCCAUUACUCCAGCACGAGAGUGACGUCACAUCUAACCAGCUUCAGCUCUACACCAAAGACGACACCAUCAUCAACCAAUCAGAUGCCAGCUGGACAGGAGGACUGAGUGGCGGCAAAGAACAUGAGCGUCUGUGGGCGGGGCUGUGCAGCGUCAGGGGGCGGGACGUUUUCCAGCUGGGCGGAGAACUAGACAUUGAACAGAUCGAGAGAAACUGAGACACCGCUCAAAACCUGUUGGAUUAUUAUGGGAUGGAUGCUUGAGUAAGUGGACGGGGUGGCACAUGUUAAUCGACUCAGGGUGAAACACACAGAGGUUCUGACAGGUCACCAGAACAUCAUCUGGACUGAAGUCUGAAGAGCUCUGUGUGUUUGGAGGAGAACACGCAUAUAUUUAGAUGAGUAGAAAUUAUUCGAGCGUUUCUCACAUGAUGACUUGAGAGCUGCUGGAUGCAGCCAAACACACACACACACAAACACACACGUUAAAGGGCUUCAGAUGUGUAACAAUAGUAAUAUCAGGUAAUUAAGUUCCUCACUGGUGAAAAAAAGCUAUUAGAACUAUUUCUGUCUUUUUUUAUAUUUGAGUAAAUACAGAAGUAAAUGUACUUAUUUCUAUAUAAAUAAACAGCAUUUUAAUGUGGUUGUAAGAAAACUGCCGUGAUUGGCUGAUUCGUAAUCAUUGAAGUGAAAGAGUUUUUAAGUAAAUCUCACGAAAACUGUCAGGAAAUGUCAGGGUUCCCACAUGUCCUGGAAAACCUGGAAUUUUGAAAUGCAGUUUUCCAGUCAUGGAAAAUGAGAAAAAUAACGAAAUGUCCUGAAAAAAAGAAAAUUUGCCCUGGAAAAAUAUUUUAGCAUAACUAAAGUUAAAAGAAAUAAUAAUUAAGAUUUACGCAUUUAAAUUUCAUAACAAAAUUCCUUCAAAUUGAAUUGCGUAAUAUAAUAAAAAACUAAAUAUUUUUAAUUUUAUUAAUUUAAUGUUUUUUUUUCUUUCUCCCUUUUUCUCCCCAAUUUGGAACACCCAAUUCCCAAUGCGCUCUAAGUCCUCGUGGUGGCGUAGUGACUCGCCUCAAUCUGGGUGGUGGAGGACGAAUCUCAGUUGCCUCCGCAUCUGAGACCGUCAAUCCGCGCAUCUUAUCACGUGACUUGUUGAGCGUGUUACCACGGAGACGUAGUGUGUGUGGAGGCUUCACGCUAUUCUCCGCGGCAUCCAUGCACAACUCGCCACACACCCCACUGAGAGCAAACCAUGUGACUCUACCGUCCCUAGCAACCGGGCCAAUAUGGUUGCUUAGGAGACCUGGCUGGAGUCACUCAGCACACCCUGGAUUCGAACUCGCGACUCCAUGUGUGAUAGUCAGCAUCAAUACUCACUGAGAUACCCAGACCCCAUUCAUUUAAUGUUUUAAACAUUACGCAAUUCCAUUUGAUGGAAUUAUUUAUGAAAUUUAAAAGUGUAAAUCUUAAAAAUUGGCUCAAAUAUUUUUUGAUUGUAGCAAGGUUUUUGUUACAUAUAAAAAACAUAAUGAUCGGGACUCGGGAUAGGUGUCAUACAUCCGUAUCGUUUCGUCACUGCCGCCAGCUGCACGUUGUGUAACAACAUCAACGGUUGACUGUCAUGAAUGAAGCCCUGUCACGUACAUUCUCUGCUAAUCUUCUGUCAUUUCUGCUUUGCUCAGAGUAAAUAGUUUAAGGAAGUAUUCGUUAGGGUUGUGCGUUAUGGCUUCAAAAAUUAUAUCUCACUAUUUUUCAGCCUGUUGACGAUAUUCGAUAUAUAUCUCGAUAAUUAUGUAUCUGCUCUGAAACGGCUCAGAGUUUUUUUUUUGUUUUUUUUUAAUCGGAGGAAACAUUUUCAUGCAUUUCAAAAAAUACAAAUCUAUUUAAAAAUAAAAAAGGCAUGUUUCCCUACACUUUUGCACUAAAUGAACACAAAGGAUAAUGAGAUCUAAUCAUUGUCAUUGAUAUGCACUUUUUUAUUUAUAUUUGAUAUGCAAUGAUAGCUUAAUAGCUUAAUAAGAAUUAUUUACAUUCAUAUAUAUUUACCAAAAAUGUGCAAAAUCCACUUAUUUUCUGAAACUCUGGUUGAAUAUUGCAUGAAACUAAAUUAUUACUGUGAGACCCAGUCAAGUAUAUUAUUAUAAUACUGAAUUAUCGUUAUUAUUUUGAGUAUUAGAUUUGUUUUAUUUAAUAGUAAUAUAUUUCUUUCCUAUUUAAUUCACGUUUACAUGGAGCUUUUAUUUUGACACUAAGAGUGCUCCGCAUCUGGUGAAGAGCUGUUGUCCGCUCCUUUUCUGCUAGAGACCAAUCCUAUUGUUUACAAAACGUUCAGCGCAUGCGCAGUACAUGGUGGUAGAAAGCCGAUUGACUGUUGUGUUAGAUUUGACAGAUAAAACGAUUAAACGAAAGUACGACACAAAACCAUCAUAAAUACACAAAUAUUCUUAGCUAUACAGUUAUUAUAAUGAUACAAGUUAAUAACACAUCUAUAAUAAUGUUUGUUGCAGAGCCGUGAGUUGAACUGAUCUCAGUCCAGUCAGCUGUGUUGAUGGCUUGAUGCUACAGUCGUCUACGAGAACCCUCAAAAUAAUCUUUCAACAACGGGAUCUGAUAAAAGUUUGCUGUUUGUGGGCUGUUUCUGUCACCACUUCUGUGUGUGAAGCAAGUGGUGACUUUGCCAAAGGAUUGGUCUAUACUGUGCCGCCCUUGUAGAUUUGUAUAAUAAUUUGUAGCGGUUACUAAAGUUUGGAAUUGCGCGAAUGCUUGAACAUUCAGGACUUUAUUUCUUUCACAAUGCAUGUGAUCUGCUCUAAAAACACGCAUGAGUCCCGCACGUGCACAGAACAGCCCGUCACCCAUUCAGAAGUGCACACAGACCAUGUUUAUCUGUCUUUUUAAUUUUAUAAUCGCAUAUGCCAUAUUGCCAUUUUGGUGUUAUUUUGAUUAAUUGUGCUGCGCAGACGGAUCGUGAAAUUAGUCUACUGAUGCGCUCUUUAUGAAACUUAAUGGCUAAAUAAAAAGAUUCGGCCAUUACACCUCGGGAUGUGAAUGAUUUUUUAAAUACUUCGUCAAUCAGAGUUUGCAUACUGCGGUUUCCACAUGAAGGCCCUUACGAUGAAAACACGGACAGAAUCACUGAAUCCAGUCUUAAAAUUGCAUUAGCUAUAAAACACGUAAUGUGACGGAAUUUGAAAUAUUUAAGAUGAAAAUUAAAGAGGGGUCUGGAUAUCUCAAUGAGUACUGACGCUGACUAUCACCCCUGGAGUCCCGAGUUUGAAUCCAGGGUGUGCUGAGUGACUCCAGUCAGGUCUCCUAAGCAACCAAAUUGGCCCGGUUGCUAGGGAGGGUAGAGUCACAUGGGGUAACCUCCUCGUGGUCGUGAUUAGUGGUGCUCGCUCUCAAUGGGGCGUGUGGUAAGUUGUGUGUGGAUCGUGGAGAGUAGCAUGAGCCUCCACAUGCUGUGAGUCUCCGCGGUGUCAUGCACGACGAGUCACGUGAUAAGAUGCACGGAUUGACGGUCUCAGAAGCGGAGGCAACUGAGACUUGUCCUCCACCACCCGGAUUGAGGCGAGUCACUACGCCACCAUGAGGACCUACUAAGUAGUGGGAAUUGGGCAUUCCAAAUUGGGAGAAAAUGAAUGUCUGAAUGCACAAUUGAUUAAAUAUAAAUGGUGGUAUGUCCCGUUGUGAUUAUUAAACUGCAAAAGGCUGUGAUUUAAUUACAUAAAUAUAUAAUCUGCAUGUGCUGCUCACUUCAAAAUGACUGUGUGAAGCUCAUACAAACACCUCAUCCAUAAUCAUCACGCACAUUCUGUGUAGUAGAUGACUGCGCUCUGAGGCGCACAGCACAGAACACAUUUUUAUUCUAUUUAAUUGCAGCUUUUUUAGGGGUUUACACUAAGCCAUGUAGCGAACCGGUUAUCCGGAGGAGAGAAACUACUGUUAAAAACACACAGAAAUGACAAAAUAAAAGCUUGAUUUAAAUGGGAAAAUAAAGGGAAUAAAUAUAUUACUAUUUUAUAGUAAUGUUUAUGUAAUUAAAUAAUAAUAAUAAUAAUAAUAAUAAUAAUGCAUUAAAGUAAUAUCUCACAUCUGUGAUGUUCUGUUGUGACGCACUUCAUUUGACAUAUCUCGUGUCAUUUCAGAUUUUGUAUAAAAGCACUUAAUCUGAUAAACAAAUAAUGCAAUGUUAUGUUCAAAAAUUAAUUUAAAAUAAUUCUAUUUUUAUUUGAUUAAAGUUUUGAUAAAUUUGUGUGACUAGACUUCAUUUUGAUGAUAAUGUUUAAUUAAACUGUCAAAUACACAAUUCAGAGAAAAAUAACCUUCCAGUAACCACAAUAUACAUCAUGACCUUUCAUGUGUUUAUGCAUAAAACAUCCUGGAAAUGUCAAAUUGUGCCUUGAAAAGAGUGGAAACCCUGGAAACCCAAAAGACAAACUAAGAAAUUGCUCUCGGCACAAAUACUGAUUCUCUGAAAGCAAAACUGUGUUGUUGAGGUCAGACCGGUAAACACACACAAAAACACUGUUACCAUGGAUACCAGUCUGUCCUCAACACAGGUGUGUGAACGCCCGUCUGAUUAUUCCUCAUUUCCUGUCCAGCAGGAAGUGUGUGUGGGUGUGAUGGUCAGAUGAGACUUUAAACACAGACUGUCAUGAAUGUUGAAGAAACAUGAAACAAGUUAAAUUUAUACUACACAAAUGUAAAUGGUGUAUAUGUCUACAUUUCUUAACAAAAUUAAAAUAUGUAAAAACAAAUGUACGGAUGAAAUAAACUCAAAUAUAAGAAAGUU